GCGGUAGUUGACCAGGGCCGUGCCUAAUUUUUCACUAGUCUCCACUCCCUUUAAUUUUCAACUGUGUCCAUUCCUAUACCUAUAUAGUAUAGGAAGCUUGUAAGUUAAUAAUCGACUCUCUCUUGCAUUCCAUUCAGAUCCAUAUAAUCCUCAUUCCUCGGUCCUCUUCACUAAUUGUGUUGAAUUUUAUUUCUUAUUAUUUUUUCUUUCUUCCUUUUGGUUCGGGCACGUUUUCAUGAGAAGCGACAUCUCAUUGUGAAUCCCCCCUUACAACGAACAUGUGUCAACACACGAAACAAUGACGUGAGAUUACAAACAAUUAGUCAAAUUUGAUUAAUAAAAAACAUAAGAAUGAUUAAAUGAUUGUGUUGAGUGAUGAAGAAUGGCUGAAGAAUCAUUUGCUGGACUUUCUCAGGUCCUUGAAAUUCGUACAGAACAAGAUGUUCACCAGGAGUUAUCCAAGAAACUCGAUGGAUUAUCGCAGCAAGAGGCACUUGACCCUGAGGAUGAGGGGAAAAAUAUUCAGAGGCAAGUGGAACUGGGAGAGAUUACACCAUUCGAGGCUGAUGCCAAGAAGAAAUAUGCUCUAUGCUCGAGCGCUGACACCACUGGGACUUUCAACGCGACAACAGGUCUUUUGGACCUCGAGAAAUACCUCAAAAGACAGGCUGAGGUAGCAGCAAAAAGCAAACAGCAGAAUCCGAAAAAACUUGUCAAAUCCAAAAAUUUUUUAUCAAAAAAGCCUCGUCUCAGCCGUAAUAAAGCCCAGCCGGCGGAAAGCCCAGGAGAAAUCACGGAAAAACUCAAAAAGUCGCAAAAAAUUACCGAAAAAGGUAAAAAAAAAAGCCUAGAACUAGAAAAUGGAGAGACCUCGGGAAGAUGCUGUAAAAAAGCUCUAGUUGUGAAAGCCCAAAGCUCGGAAAAUCCAAUAGAUAAUUGGCUAGAUAGUGAAUCGGGGGGGAGUGAAUAUACUCCUCCCUCGUCUGAUGAGUCUGAUGAGUCGUCCCGUCCCCCCCGGCGGAAACGCAAACGAAAUCCCUCGCGAAAAAGCCUAGACGACGGUGACGAGGAGCACUAUCACUCGCGCCUCUCGAAACUCCCUAGAACGGCGGUGAACCCGCCUGUAAGCUCGUUGCGCACCAUUUCCAAUCUCUUUAAACUACCCAAGUCCCUCUGGAAGCGUCUCUAUCCUUUCCAGCGGGUGUCCGUCCACUGGUUGUGGGAGCUUCACACCAGAAACUUGGGAGGUCUUCUCGGCGACGAGAUGGGCCUGGGGAAGACCGUCCAGGUGAUCGCCUUUCUGGCGGCUCUCGACUGCAGUGAAUUGUUGUCAGACGGCGGUCGUUUCCGCGGCCUGGGGCCGAGCCUCAUCGUCUGCCCGGCGACAUUGCUCGAGCAGUGGGUUGAGCACUUUCACUCGUGGUACCCAGCCCUUCGUGUGGCAAGCCUCCACCAAUCGGGUAGCUACCACGGCACGCAGACCUCGGCAGACCUCCUCGAGUCUCUCAAGACAAGCGGAGGUGGAGUCCUCCUAACCUCGUACACAGGCGUCCUCAGGAACUCGGAUCUCCUAAUCCCCUUUAGGUGGCACUACGUCAUCCUCGACGAGGGCCACAAGAUCAGAAAUCCCGCGGCCAAGAUCACCAAGCUCGUCAAGAGGCUCUCGACGCCUCACCGUUUAAUACUCACCGGAAGUCCCAUGCAGAAUUCUCUCAAGGAGCUCUGGUCGCUCUUCGACUUUAUCCUCCCCGGGAAACUAGGCACUUUGGACGCCUUCAUCGAGCACUGCGCCACGCCCAUCACCCGGGGGGGUUAUGCCAACGCAUCGACUUUGCAGGAGGCCACGGCCCUGCAGGUGGCGACCAUGCUCAAAGAAGCCAUUACGCCGUACAUGCUUCGCCGGACCAAGAGCGAUGUGCAGCAUCAUGUUACUUUGCCUGAUAAGAACGAGCAGGUGCUCUUCUGCAGUCUCACACAGGAGCAGACGGACCUCUACAAGAACUACCUCACCUCGGACAAGGUCAAAACUAUCCUCCAUGAGAGGAGCAUGACCGACGGCCGGGGACGGGCACGGAUGCUAAUGGCAGUGACAGACUUGAGGAAGAUUUGCAAUCAUCCGGACCUCUUCACUUAUACCACACCAGAGUGUAGUGUGCCAUUUUAUUAUUACGAUCAGGAGGAGCCGGACAUUGACGAGAAUGUCCUCCUGGAGGAGUUUGGACACUGGAGGAAAUCGGGAAAGAUGACAGUUGUGCGGUCUCUCCUGAGGAUCUGGAAAAACCAGGGCCACAGGGUCUUGAUCUUCAGCCAGGGCCGCCAGAUGAUGGCCAUUCUGGAGGGACUACUCCAGAAGGAGGAGUACAAGUACCUCAGACUAGAUGGCACCACUGCCAUCAGCGAGCGCCAGAAGAGCAUCAAGCUGUUCAAUCUAGAUGACUCUUAUUUCGUAUUCGUCUCGACGACGAGGGUCGGGGGCCUGGGGGUCAAUCUCACGGGGGCCAAUCGGGUCAUCAUCUACGAUCCCGACUGGAACCCGGCCACUGACGCCCAAGCCAAGGAGCGGGCCUGGCGGAUCGGUCAGGAGAAAAACGUCACGAUAUAUCGGUUGAUCAGCGCGGGAACGAUCGAGGAGAAGAUGUACCAUCGGCAAAUCUUCAAACUCCUCCUGUCAAACAAAGUUCUUGAUGAUCCUCGGCAGAGGAGACUCUUUCAGACUUCAGAUUUGUCCGAGCUAUUCCAUCUCAAUGAACCCAUCGAUGGCGGCACCUCCACCGAGUCAGAUCGAUUGUUCGGCAAUUCCAUCAUCACGAGAAAGAAAUUAAUGUCCGCCAUGUUUGAGGGAGAGAGGGUGGACUUGUUGAUAGGGCGGAGGCUGGCAAAGAGUGGCGCUAGUGAGAGAAGCGAGCAAGCGAGCAUUCAUCAUCAGAAUGCUGAUAAUGAUGACAAUUAUGUGCUGAGCAAGUUGUUUUCAAAAAGUCGCCUCCUCAACUCAGCUAUGGCGCAUGAUACGGUGCUAGCCAGCGCCAGGCUAGAGGGACACAUGGCGACACCUGUGCAAAGAUUAGCUAGGGAAUCUGCGCAGGAGAGCAUGGAGGGAAUUAGGAAGAGCCGAAAGUGGUGUUGGAAGCCCAAUUUUUAGGGUGAAUUGACCUUUGACCUUUGAUAAUACGCCUUGUAAACGAUGAGUUCAAGAGGUAAAUAAAAACUAGCCAUAUGUAUUUCUUAUAAUUUAUUUAUUUUCAGUGGAAAGAAACAAAAAAAACACUUUAUUUACUUUAUGUUUUAUAGCCUGUUCAUACGAAAUGUAAAUGCACGGCAAACCGAUUAAAUGAAAUAAAGUGAGGUUAUGUACACAUAA